UUAGCAAGGAGAAAAGAAGGGAGGAACUCAAAAGAAAGCUCUCUAUCUAAUCCUCUUUCUCCAUCCCCGCCGGAGACGCAGCACAAAUCUCCUUGCAAAACAAAUCAAAAACUUAUAAUAAUAAUUACAAUAUGCAGAAUCAAAUGACCACCAUUAGCACCCCCAUUCCUAAUCACCCCCACACUAUUCAUACAACAUUCACCACUGCUAAUAAUCUUAAUCAUAACUAUAGUACUAAGCGCGUUAACAAUAACAACAACAACAAUAACAAGAACGUUCUUCUUCGUGUCAACGGUGCAGGCCAAGCUUGUGCUGCGUGCAAAUAUCAACGUCGGAAGUGUGCCCCGGACUGCGUUCUUGCCCCUUAUUUUCCUCACGAUCGCCAACGCCAAUUCCUCAACGCACAUAAAUUGUUUGGGGUCAGCAACAUUACCAAGAUCAUUCGCCACCUUGAUCAACCUCUAAAAGACGAAGCCAUGCGCACCAUCAUCUUCCAAUCCGACGUUCGUGCCAAUGACCCUGUUGGUGGUUGUUAUCGUAUCAUUCGAGACCUGCAACGCCACAUUGAUUAUUGCAAAGCAGAGUUGGAUAUCGUUCUUCAUCAACUCGCCUACUGCAGAGCACAGGCUGUUGCUGCUGCUGCCUCAGAACAACAGAUAUUAGCAGAUCAUCAUGCAACUGAGGAAUCAUUCAAUGAUAAUAAUUGUGAUGGUGUCGUGAAUCAGGCAGAUCCAUUGGUGAAUAAUAAUGCAUCUUCGUAUGAUCAACAGACUGUAGACUACCAUCCUCAUAGUUAUUAUAAUCAUACUAGUUGUCAGAAAGGUGAAGAUGAUCAGCAAUAUGAUGAAAUUCAAGAUGGCCAAUUAGAUUUAGCAGAUAUUAACUUCCCUUGGAGCUUGCACGAACAAGAAUCCACGUCUACAUCGGCGCCUAAUUCUUUGAUGAAGCAGCUUUCUGUUUAUGACCAAUGUGACAAUAUUAAGCCUAUUCUGGAGGGGAUUUCAGGUUUUGGAGAAGAAGGCCUAAGUUUCGAACAUGACCAAGCCUUUGAUCAACACAGCUAUUCAACAAGGGAACAUAGUCCCAUCGAAGGAAGAGAGUGAAUCCUUUCCACAUGCUCGAAGAUCAAGAUCUAAAGGUGCUGC